GCCGCGGCUGACAGGGAUGGCAAAACGGCGGUGCAGCAGUGUGCUCUCUAUUUGACUUUGCAAGCAUGGGUGUAUCCUGGUCGUUGGGAUAGAUAGUAGCUAGCUACGAAUAGUUAAUUGCACUUGGCUGGGGUCUGCCGUCUCGCUACUCGCUGCUCGCUUACUAGGUUGGCCUGCUUAUUGUCCGAGAUUGACACGGGGCAAGUCGGUGCAUGCUACUAGGCAGGGGGGUUGCGGGCACAUGCCUCUUCUCUCGUAAUCGAGGAUUUAUAGUCCGUGUCCAUCCCUGUCCGAGCCAUUUGUCCUCUUUCCUCCUUUCUUGCAAAUUCCUCCCUUUCUCAGUUCACAUCCACAAACACAAUGGCAGACCUCCCAGACUACGUCCUCGACCCCAACGCCGUCCUCGGCGACGAUGUGGCAUGGCGCUACAAGCGAGCACCCAGCUACACCAAGACCCGCGAGUACUACGAGCAGACAAAAACAAUGACGCACGAAGCAGCCUCCCUCCCCUCCCUCGUCGAAAACCUCGUGAAAAACUGGGAAAUCGAAGCCUCCUUCAAAACCUCCCUCAGCGACUGGCGCACCGUCGACCAAUCAACCUACACCUUCUCCCUAAACGGCGGGCCCGCCAUGACGGCCGACGACAUGCUGCGCAUGGGCACGUACAACGCCCUCAUCACGCCCAACAAGUACUAUGACCCCGCGCACAAUGAUUUCGAGGGGAGCCACAAGAGCUUUAAGCGCAUGAUGCCGGUUUUCGCGUGGGAGGUCAAGGAGGUGUAUUCGGGCCCGCCGGUGGUGGUGUUUCGGUGGAGGCAUUGGGGGGUGAUGAAUUCGGAUUAUGUGGGGAAUAACGACAAGGGUGAAACCGUACGAGUCAAGGCACACGGCGGCGUCAUCGAUAUCGAGGGUAUUGUCGUGGCCAGGGUGAACGACAAGCUGCAGCUACAGAAGAUCGACGUGUGGUUCGAUCCGAUGGAUAUGUUCCGCCAGAUUGCAAAGGAAGAGAAGGAGGGGGUCACGGCGGAUGUGUCGGCUGCGGCUGCAGGCUGUCCCGUUCUGGCUGGUAAGCAGGAGGAGUAGAGAGGGAGGACAUACUUGAGUCGCUGUAACCUAUGUACAUUCCUCAGCGAGUCUCAAUGUGCCAUUCUGCUCUGAAUAUUUUGUGGUAUCGUAGCUAUGCUACCGUAACCGAGGAGAGCAUGACGUAGAACUUCAAAUUCAACCAGAGUCUUAAUCUAUUGUAGCUCAAUUGUCGGUACAUUUGGUGCAAUCACCCCAGAGCUGCAUCCAC